AUGGCAAACGAUACCGAGUCCGUCGAGAUGCCCGAGGCGCCAGUCGUGCCCAACACGGAGGCUGCUGCCCCGGCGGUGCCGCCAGCCGUCAACCGGUCCUUCAAGUCCUUCAAGCGCAAGUAUGGCAAGCAGAAGAUCAAGUUCGAGGCCGUGAUGAAGGACAGCACAGCGCUCGCGCGUGAGGAGAUGCGGAUCCACGACCUGUCGAAGCGUCUGAGAGAACAGAACGACCAGCUGCUUGAACUGCUGCUCGAACUCAACAAUACGGUGCACAUCCCCCGGUCGCUCCGGUACAAUCUCAGCAGGGAGGAAGAGGACUCGCAGCUACAGACAACCAUAUCCGAACAGCCAGACUCCAUCCCUAUCGUCGAAUGCGAUGCCCAGACGGCCCGCGCAAAGCUCGACGAGGCCAAACAGAAGCUUUUGGCCGGUGAGAUGACCGCAGACGAGUGCAAAGCGCUCGAGCUGUCCAUGCUGAAAAGCAACACCUUUGCGCCAACGACUGGCAUUACUUCGCUUCUGAAGAAUGUACCGCAUACCACCCAGCCGCCCGAUGAUGCUCCAGACGGCGACCUUGAUGCUGCUCUUGGUUUCAUUCAUCCCGAGGACGAUGUGGACUAUCUCAUCCCUAGCGAACCGCGACGCAUAGACCUUACCAAUGCUCGCUCAACCAGUAAACAUCUCCCAGUAGCAGACAGGGAUAAAGCACUGCUCAUCCGCAACCCGUCAUCGGUCUACAACUGGCUACGCAAGCAUAAGCCCCAGGUCUUCGCCCAUGAUCCCGCCGAAGCCCCCGCUGCUGGCGCCAGCUCCGCCCAUGCAGGUGCAGGUGGAACUGCUCAGUCUGACAAACCAGGUGCAGCACCACGAUCAAGCUCUACUCGCUCCAAACGAGCGUCAGCUCAGGUGCACAAGGAAGAAGAGGUAUACGAUGAAGACGGCGUGUUGGUUGACACCGCAGAGCCCACUGCCCACACCGGAGGUGGAGGCGGCAGGUCCAAGAGGAAGCGAGAGGAAGACGGCAUGUAUCAUCCCAAGGGCGGGAACCGUGGGAGGAAAAAGAGAGACGAGAAACGGGCCAAAAGACCGUCUACGGCGUCCACUGCUGCAGCCGCUUCAUAG